UAUAUAUAUUUAGAAUUUUUGUUAUUACUGUCAUAGGCCUAAAUAAUUUUAGUAUAAUCUAUUAAAAAUAUUAAUAAUGAGCAAAUACAGAAGAGAAGAUUCUUCAAGUGAGGAUAGUAAUAGUGAAGAAGAAAGACGUAAGAAAGAUAUCAAAGAGAGAGAUGAAUUUGCUAACCGUCUCAAAGCUAAGGAUGAUAGUAAGACACGCAAAGUUGCUAUGCCUGCUGGCUCUGGUGCAGCCGAGGCAGCAAAAAGACUUAAACUUAUGGAAACUGAUGCAAGAGAAAAGCUUGUUCCAAAACUAAGAGUGGAAUCUCGCAGAAAAUAUUUAGAGAAGCGUAAAGAGGAUAAGGUGGCAGAAUUAGAAGCGGACAUUAUUGAUGAUGAAUACCUCUUUGAAGAAGAAAUUUUAACAGAACGUGAAAAACGUGAGAGGGAACAUAAGAAACAGCUAUUACAAUUAGCAAAGGAACAUGAAAAGGCAAGAGAACUCGAAAGAGUGCAAAGGUAUCAUAUGCCAUUGGAAAAGAAGAAAUUAGAAGCGGAAGAAACCCAACAUGAUGCAGAACCACCACAAUCCGAACAAAGUAAAUGGGAAUCAGAUCAGAUGUCAUCUGCGGUAUUUAGAUUUGGAGCCAAAGAUAGGAAAGCUCAACAAGAUUAUGAUCUUAUAUUGGAGGAUGAAAUAGAAUUUAUUCAGGGGCUGCAUAUACCUGGAAGUGAAAAAAGUUCUAAACGCGAACCAAGUCCUUCUCCACAGGCUACAAUUUUACAAACGAUACAAGAAACCAAAAAGAGCUUACCAAUAUAUCCUUUUAGGAAUGAUCUUAUUCAAGCUAUUAAAGAACAUCAGAUUCUAAUAAUAGAAGGUGAAACAGGUUCAGGAAAAACGACACAAAUUCCACAAUAUUUAUAUGCGGCAGGUUUCGCAGAAAACGAUAAAAUAAUUGGUUGUAGUGAGCCUCGCAGAGUAGCAGCAAUGUCUGUAGCUGCUAGAGUGGCCCAUGAAAUGGCUGUCAAACUUGGUAACGAAGUCGGUUAUGCAAUUCGUUUCGAAGAUUGUACAUCUCAUCGUACUCGUAUCAAAUACAUGACUGAUGGUACAUUGCAUAGAGAAUUUCUUAGCCAACCUGAUUUAGCGUCAUAUAGUGUAAUGAUAAUCGACGAAGCUCAUGAACGUACAUUACAUACCGAUAUUUUAUUUGGUUUGGUUAAGGAUAUAACAAGAUUUCGUUCAGACUUGAAAUUGUUAAUUUCUUCUGCAACAUUGGAUGCAACUAAGUUUAGUGAAUUCUUUGACAACGCACCGAUCUUUCGUAUACCUGGUCGCCGUUUUCCUGUAGAUAUAUAUUAUACGAAAGCACCUGAAGCAGAUUACAUCGAUGCAUGCGUAGUCUCUAUUCUUCAAAUUCAUGCAACACAACCACCAGGAGAUGUACUGGUAUUUCUAACUGGUCAAGACGAGAUUGAGACGUGUCAAGAAAUGUUACAAGAAAGAGUUAGAAGGCUGGGAAGUAAAUUGGCUGAACUUUUGAUAUUACCUGUCUAUGCCAAUUUACCAAGUGAUAUGCAAGCCAAAAUAUUUCAACCUACUCCAGCUGGUGCUAGAAAGGUGGUUCUGGCUACUAACAUAGCAGAGACGUCUUUAACCAUCGACAAUAUCGUUUACGUGAUAGAUCCUGGAUUUGCGAAACAAAACAAUUUCAAUGCACGAACAGGAAUGGAAAGUUUGAUGGUUGUUCCGAUUAGUAAAGCUUCUGCGAUGCAGCGUGCAGGUCGUGCUGGGAGAGUAGCACCAGGUAAAUGUUUCAGGCUUUAUACAGCAUGGGCAUAUCAAAACGAGUUAGAAGAUAAUACUGUACCUGAAAUACAAAGGAUAAAUCUCGGUAAUGCAGUACUCACGUUAAAAGCUUUAGGUAUCAAUGAUUUAGUUCACUUUGAUUUUCUCGAUCCACCACCUCAUGAAACAUUAGUAUUAGCUUUAGAACAACUUUAUGCUUUGGGUGCGUUAAAUCAUCGUGGUGAAUUAACUAAACUUGGUCGAAGAAUGGCAGAAUUUCCGCUCGAUCCGAUGAUGGCUAAAAUGUUAUUAGCCAGUGAACGGUAUCGUUGCUCUGAAGAAGUAGCUACAAUAGCUGCUAUGCUUUCCGUUAACGGAGCUAUUUUCUACAGACCUAAAGAUAAAAUUAUACACGCGGAUACAGCGAGAAAAAAUUUUCACGUACCUGGUGGCGAUCAUCUUACUUUACUCAACGUUUAUAAUCAAUGGCAACAAAGUGAUUUUAGUACACAUUGGUGUUACGAAAAUUUUAUACAGCAUAGAUCGAUGAAACGAGCUAGAGACGUUAGGGAACAAUUAAUUGGCCUAAUGCAACGAGUUGAAAUGGAACUUGUAUCGGGUAUUACGGAAACAAUUAAUAUUCGAAAAGCGAUCACUGCAGGUUAUUUUUAUCACGUUGCACGUUUGUCGAAAGGUGGACAUUACAAAACAGCGAAACACAAUCAAACGGUAUCCAUUCAUCCGAAUAGUUCACUUUUCCAAGAACUUCCACGAUGGUUACUUUAUCACGAAUUAGUAUUUACGACAAAAGAAUUCAUGCGUCAGGUAACGGAAAUAGAAAGCAAAUGGUUAUUGGAAGUUGCACCGCAUUAUUAUAAACCCAAAGAAUUAGAAGAUUCGACAAAUAAAAAGAUGCCCAAAGUUGUUGGCAGGGCACGACCAGACGGAACUAAUUAAUAUAAUAGAUUUAAUUAAUAGGUAAAAUACUUUUUGUACAGAUGAAACUUUUAUAUACGUCAAAAUAUAAAAUCACAAUCCAUCAC